AUGCUUGUUCAAAUUCUCAUGAGCCCUGUGGCAAUUGCGGCCUUGACUAUAGUCCCAGGGCUGUUGUUGGCGAUCGCGCUUAUUGAGGGGGCAUUCCCAGGACGACUUCCACCAGCAUUAGUUGAUAUUCUCUCGAACAUUCUGAAUGCCUAUUUGGCAUGGCGUUACCCGAUACAAUCAGUCACCGAAAAGGUCUCCCUCCCUUCAUGUCCGUAUCGCUGGCCAAACGGACAAGGAGACAAAGCGAAAUUCUUUGAUGGAAUUCAGAAUAGUCAAAAAUGGGAAAGUGAUUACGGGCCGGUUUAUCGUAUUUGGAGUGGGAUGAAGCCCGAGAUUGUCCUCACUCGCCCUGACCAACUACAGUCCAUCUUUUUUGACUCUGACCAGCAUGCCAAGGCCAUCAACAACGACUCGGGUUAUCUUCUAGGACAAUUGCUCGGAAGAUGCGUUGGAUUAAUCAGUCCUCCUCAGUGGCAAGCUGUCCGUGCCGUAAUGGAGGCCCCAUUUCGCCAACGGGCCUGCCAAAACAAGGCAGGCCAGAUUCAUGACAUGGUAAAUUCUUUUUUGGAAACCUCGUAUCAAGGUGGACCCCUCUCUACGGGAACCCUACAUCCGGCUCGUGACCUCAAGAUGCUUCCCUUCUGGAUCGUGUGCGACUUAUUCUACGGCCAGCUCCCUACACACUUUACUGAGGAGUUGAAAGGUCUUAUCACAAUAAGAGAGAGUCUGAUGAAACACGCAAUGAGCGGGGGCAUUGUACAAUUCAGUUUGUCACGAAUGUUUCCCACGCAAGCUAAUCGAGAUUUAAGGGUUUUCAAGAGCCAAUGGCGCCGUUUGAACUCCGAGGUUGUGGGAUACUGGCGAUCUCGUAAAUGUGCUGCACCCAUCGUGGACAUGUAUGAUGCAAUGUACACAGGGAGGGUUAGUGAGGAAGAGGUUCUCCAAACGCUCGACGAAGCUAUAUUUGCCAAUCUCGACGUCACUACGGGGGGCUUAUCGUGGAACCCAGUCUUCUUGGCCGCGUAUCCUGAGUGCCAGGAAAAGCUGCGUCAGGAAAUCAAGCAAGCCCAGAAGGACGGAAGAAUGGAUCAGUACCUGCAGAGCGCAUCUACCUAUCUCCAAGCCUGCAUACUGGAGUCUAGUCGCUUGAAGCCCCUUGCGGCAUUCUCUGUCCCUCAAUCGGCACCGACAGAUCGUGUGGUCUCCGGAUAUAAGAUCCCCGCGAACACCAACUUUGUAGUCGAUGCCUACGCACUGAACAUCCGAAGUGAUCACUGGGGUCCAGAUAACGAUACAUAUCGUCCAGAACGCUUCCUCGCUCGGGACAAUGUAAAGUUAAGAUACCUGUUCUGGAGGUUUGGCUUUGGCCCAAGACAGUGCAUGGGCAAGUAUGCCACAGAUAUUAUUAUCCGAGCCACUGUUGUCAACCUCGUCCAGAACUACAAUCUGCGCUUGCUGAAUAAGACUAUCUGGUCCCGAGACAAGAGUUGCUGGAUCACUCACCCUGAUUUUGAAAUUUGCUGCGAGAGGAUAAAGCGAGAGACACUACCGGUAUCUUUGAGCGUUGCAGCUGACGGGGCGACGAAGUGA